AUGACGCUUGUCAAGCUGUUUUUUGUUGGGUCAUUGCUUGCAUUCUCACAGGAUCUUACACGGCGAAAAGGAAGUCUGGUCGACAGCAACACAACCUCAAUACUCGCUUCCAGACGUCAAAUGUGGCCGCCACAUUCCUCUUCGCUGGAGUUUGUGAUUUUUGACGUGAAUGCUGAUGCGAAUUCUUGGUUCCUUGAUCUAGGAGUGUCAUACGGCGUGUUUCUUGGCGAGGAAAGUGAUCGUAAUGAGAAGGUUGGUCGAGGAAGUGAGAGGGUUGGAGGUGGAGUUGAGGUCGUCGAGGUGGCCACUUCAGCCGUGUUGGAUGAGGAAGUGGCUGACUGUGUUGGUUUCGAAGCAUACGGACUCCCUCGUUCGACUUUGAACAUCUUUCGGAAUGCGUGUGGGUACCUUGUUGAUGAAUGGAUGAACGGGCGGACCGGCGAAUAG